ACUCUUUCGGCGAGCCGGCGCUCCGUCCCUCCGCGCGUCCGCGGCGCCAUGGGGAACAUCUCCUCCAACAUCUCCGCCUUCCAGUCGCUGCACAUCGUCAUGCUGGGCUUGGACUCGGCGGGCAAAACCACGGUGCUGUACCGGCUCAAAUUCAACGAGUUCGUCAACACGGUGCCCACCAUCGGCUUCAACACGGAGAAGAUCAAGCUGAGCAACGGCUCGGCCAAGGGCAUCAGCUGCCACUUCUGGGACGUGGGCGGCCAGGAGAAGCUGCGCCCGCUCUGGAAGUCCUACAGCCGCUGCACCGACGGCAUCAUCUACGUGGUGGACUCGGUGGACGUGGACCGGCUGGAGGAAGCCAAGACGGAGCUGCACAAAGUCACCAAGUUCGCCGAGAACCAAGGCACCCCCUUGCUGGUGAUCGCCAACAAGCAGGACCUGCCCAAGUCGCUGCCGGUGGCGGAGAUCGAGAAGCAGCUGGCGCUGCACGAGCUGACCCCGGCCACCACCUACCACGUCCAGCCCGCCUGCGCCAUCAUCGGCGAGGGGCUCACCGAAGGCAUGGACAAACUCUACGAGAUGAUCCUCAAGCGCAGAAAGUCCCUCAAGCAGAAGAAAAAGCAGCGGUAGACCAGGAAACCCGGACGGAGCUUGAUCUCCUGGCUUGACACGUCCCUUGCGGAGCAUCAGAUGAAUGCCUGGGCCCAUCCACCUUUCCAUGCUGUCUGUCCCAGACCCCUUCCGUCUGCUUCCCCAUUAAGAGGCAGGGUAUCGUUGUCGUGCUGGCUGGCACUUGGGAUGCAGGUCAGAUCUGCGCAUGCCCGCUUCCCCCUCCCGCUGCGAAGCCGCCAUGAGCCCGAGGCAGAGGAGGGAGCCUCGCCUGAGUUUUCCCAUUCUAGCAGGACUAGAAUACAGGCGAGGACAACAUGGUUUUAUCAGCUGCUUCCGUCCCUGUGGACUAACCUACACAACGCAUACCCUUGUUUAAAUUCCUCUGGAAGGUGUCUUUUUAACUAGAUCUGGAUCUAUGUAAUGGGAGAAAGGACUUCGGGAGAUGAAAGCCAGAAGGCUGGAUAGCGCAGGGCAGGACCCUGUUUCAUCUGGAUUAAAGUUUGUGCUGCCAUCUCAGGAUCUCAGUAGAAGCCCAAGGUGAUGUGUGCAUGAAGAACUAGACUUAAGAAAUAUUGCUUGAUAGGGGAAAGAUGCUGUGGUUGGGAGGAGAAAAACUGAUGCAGAUGAAAGUACAUCUUCAGUGUAUAUUGCUUCAAUGGCUCAUUGAAGCCAGCCUUUGUGGAAACUGUUUUCAGUCUUAAGAUGGACAUCUCCAAGGUAUUUAUGGUCUGGCAUUGUGUCGGGUUCUUAUUACCACAGUCCACAUGAUGCGGUGCUACUUCCUGGAGUGACGUGUGUUCCGAGAAAAGUGUCCCUGCCAUUUCAGUUGGGUGUGAGGGUGUGCAGCAGUGCCUGAAAGCGGGGGGGGGGGGGGACGACGACGACAAGGAGGACAGCCCUUUAGGCUUCGUUCAGAACGCAACACCCAUGUACUGCUGUGUUAAAAGAGAAUUCUGUAUGUUGAUUGUGUGUUGAUGCACUUGAAUUGUAAAAUCUUGAGCUGCCUGGAUCCUUUGUGACCUGCGGCUGCUGCCUGGUGCUGUGUUCUAAGCAUUAUGCUAACAGAUUUUAUUAUCUUUUCAUAACCAGUCUAUACACUGUAGCAAUAACCAGGAAAACAUUUUCUCAAUCAUACUUUCUUACUGUAACAUUUGACUGCAGGCAUCCCACCCCUUCUUCACUAAAUCCAAUCAGACUUAAA